AUGGAAAAACUUCAUGUAAAUGCCGAUUCAACGGACGAUCUGGUUGAUAAAGACUCAAAUACUGACCAGGUCUUUAUGCCAAUAAGAGUUGAGUUAGCAGACAUUGUGUUACCUGCUACCUCCCCACCAAGGCCUCCGUUAAAUAAUGGUUCAGUAGCACAGCCAUAUGUAAAUCAGCUUCGAGAUAAUCCACAGAAGAGAAAAAAUUCUCCUCCACAAGAACCAGUUACUAAAAAGCUUUGUGAGAAUUUAUAUGAAGCAAUUGAUGACAGUAGUACUGACACAGAAGAAUACACUAUAACAUUAGUAGAUGACGAGAACAAUUUUCAGAUUAAAAACUACAUUGAAGAGGGUGAACUGUUAGGAGAUGUGGUUGUAAAAAGGGAUGAAUCUAAUGAAGUGCAGAUGAAGUUUGAGAAGUUAGAAGAUUAUCUCAAAGUAACCAACAAGCUAAAAAAAGAACCAACGAGCGAGAGCAAACUUAGUCUUAAGUCACCUAAACCAGAUGCCGAUCUAACAGACAAUGGGUCAGAUUCAACUGAAGUUCUUCAACAAAGCUCGUGGAAUUCAAAUGAGGACGUAGAAUACAAAGAUCCGCUUGGAUUGUAUGGACUACAAUUAGAAUUUCUUCAGUCAUUGGAGAUCACACCGCCUUUAGAUAGAUGGGUGCAUGUUACUAAUUUUCGAUGCGAUAAGACUGAACUUAGAGACGUAAUGGAAUUGGCUGGACAUGUACUCUCAUGUUCUGUCAUUGCUACAACCAAGAGGUACGCCAAGGUUCAGUACAGUCAUCCAUUGGAAGCUGUUCAGGCAGUGGCAAUGCUGAACGGCCAAACUCUUUAUGGAUGGAAGCUUAGCGUUUAUAUGGAAAGAAAUCCCAGAAACGAUAUUAUUUUACCCAAAGGGCUUGUCAACAUUGGAAUUGGUUUAGGAAUAGCAGGAAGACCAAUAAGAGACAUCGUAAGCCAGUAUAAAAAAUUUACUAGAAAACAAACUUCAACAGUAAACCCGGUUUUGUUCCGUGAGUUUGUUUCUGGAGAUAGUAAAGAAGGAAUACAAAAGCAGGAAGAAAGCCAAAUAGACUUUAAAGCAUUAUUGGACUCUAAAAGGCCUUUUGAAGUGACACAUGUUGAGGACUUAGACAAUGCUGAUGCCGUACCAUCAGAAAAAGUUUUAGUAAAAGAAAAUAUUAGUCCAGAAACUGGUAGUAUCAGGUCGUCAGACUCUCCAGUUUCAUACCACGAAGUAAAAGACGAAGUAAAAGUUGAUAAAUCAAAUGAUAAACCUCAAAAUUAUUCGCAUCCUGUCAGUCGUGCCCAACCUGAUGUACUAGGCAAUACAACUCCAAUAAGAGUGAGACAAACAACUCCAGCCGUAGGCUUUCCCCGUCCAAUUGUAGCUCAAAAUCUCCGCACCCAACCUUUACAUUCAACACCCUAUAGACCUGGUUCAUCCACCACACCAGUCCUAAUGUCUAGCAGCCAGUAUCCAAGGCCCAUUUCAGAUAACUCUACGCCUAACGCUAGGCCCAUUUCUGUACCACAUCCGAUGCCAAAUCCUAUUGGUAAUCCUCCAACUCCAGGACCUUUUGGUCUUUCCCAACCUUGUAAGCCUCUAUCGCCUACAGGACCUACUCCGGUUAAUAAUCCAGGUCCAGUUUAUGGACUGACCUCAAUGUAUUCACCGGGUGUGCUUCCAGGGCCUCCAUUAGGAAUAGGUCACAGGCCUGGUCCCAUGCAUGGACCAAGACCGAUUACCGGACCAGGUCCUGUUCAUUUAUCAAACCUUGCACAUGGACCUGGCCCUAAUCCAGGACCAUCCAACCUUGCACAUGGACCGGGCCCUAAUCAAGGACCAUCCAACCUUGCACUUGCACCUGGCCCUAGUCCAGGACCAUCAAGCCUUGCACCUGGUCGUGGCUCUAAUCAAGGUCCAUCCAACCUUGCACAUGGACCUGGUCCUAAUCAAGGACCGUCCCACAUUGGACAUGGACCUGGUCCUAAUCCCGGACCAUCAAACCUUGCACCUGGUCGUGGUCCUAUUCAAGGUCCAUCCAACUUUCAUCAAGGGCCAUUCAACCUUACACAUGGACCUGGCCCUAAUCCCGGACCAUCCAACCUUUCACAUGGACCUGGCCCUAAUCAAGGGCCAUCCCAUCUAGCACAUGGACCUGGCCCUAAUCCAGGACCAUCAAACCUUGCACAUGCACCUGACCUUAAUCCAGGACCAUCGAACCUUGCACAUGGACCUGGCCCUAAUCCAGGACCAUCAAACCUUGCACCUGGUCGUGGCCCUAAUCAAGGUCCAUCCAACCUUGCCCAUGGUCUUGGCCCCAAUCAAGGACCUGGACCCGUGCAGGUGUCUGGUCCUGUAUCUGUGACUGGAGCUGUUCCUACAGUACAUGCACCAAAUAAAGUGGACGUAGAGUUUGCAAAUUUGCCACCUUCUACAACGUUCCCGUUCCUUUGCGAGAAGCUGGCACAGUGUGGACAAAUUACGUGUUUAAGAUUCACCACACCUGGCUGCGCCAUCGCUUCUUUCAGUCAUCCUGCACACGCAGAAAGAUGUUUCCAAAACUAUAACGGGAUGGUAGUAGAAGGCUUCAGGAUUGUUGUUAAACUCCUGUAA